AUGUCACAAGCCAACAAAAAGAUUGCAGAGAUUAAAGAGGAUGUCGAGUCUUCGACGCCGUCCGUCAAUACCCCAUCCCAUUCAUCCGUUGCUGAAAAAUCCGCAGCUCCUUUUACAACUGCGAGCACUCUCUUUGACCCUUAUCCACAUUACUUUAUGUCUGCCGCAAGUAGCGGUUAUGCUUAUCAAUAUUUUAAACAGCCAAGAACUGCUGCUAUUGUCGCCGCCAUUGGUGCUGCUUAUGCGGCUUCAAUUGGUCUUGUUGUUGUUUCUGGUCCAACAGCUUGGGCUACUAAAGAUGCAUUUCAUGUUGCUCUGGGUUCUUUGGGGGCUAUUAGUUUGGCGGGCAACGCAUUGAAAAUGUAUCAAGUGAGAACUGGAUUUCCCCGCAAUCUAGAAAUUAAACGUUAA